UACGGAGUGUCCCCUGUCCCCCCCCUGGACUAUAUUUUAAAGUUGUAUUUGUGGUUGUACAUAAUUAAUUCUAAUAAAUAACUAUCGCAAAACGUUUUAAUAAACAAAAAAAUUUACUGUUUCAUAAAUAAUUCUACAGAUUAUUAAUGGCCUUAGGGUUCAAAAAAUUUUUGGGAAAAUUCAGGAUUGUAAAUUAUGUAACAAUAACACAUAGUUUACGCAGUUUUAUGACCACUUCAACUAACAUGGAAAAAGCAUUAGAAAAUUUAAAAACCAAUCCGUACUACGAAAAGUACGCUGCACGCAUCGCAGAUCUACAGAAAACAUCACCCGAAGAAUUCAUGCAAAGAGUUGAAGUUCAGCAAAAGUCCAAGGAAGAGGAAAAGAAGAAAAAGUUCGCGUCCGUGGACACAAGACAAUUCUCCUCUGUGUUAAAUCCUAAACAAGCACUAAAAGAAGAUACUGAGAGCAAUGUCAAGAGGCUCAGUGAUAUAUUUAAAGUGGAUCUUGUUGAAGAUAAAGAUGCAGCAGAGAUUAGAACUAUUUGGGAGGAGUAUCACAAGAGUAAGGAAGUGAUAUCAGCAACUAUUCCGAAAGAGACGUAUGCACUGCUGCAACAGAACAUGCAGCUGUGUCCCACUUUCUUGUUCCCGCUGCCGCGCUCCCAGGGCUACGAGUUCAUCAUGUGCCAGAGCUAUGCUCACACAAUACAUUUCACGCCUCUCCUUGCUUAUCAGGUGCACAAGGAGAACGCGCCCGAGUGCCUCACCAUGGUGCACUACACGGAGCUGGCUGACAAGGGUAUCAUCCUCAUGCGCGGUGAAUUCGACAAGAACGUGUUGGAUGGCCAAGAAGCUCAAUGCCUGGCAAACCAAUUUCAAAUGUACUAUAGCGGCAAAGAUGCUGCCAAGUUGCAGUUGCUCCAGACAUUCACAAAGAACCCGGAUACCUUUAAGCACAUGGAUCUUAUAGCACAGCUGGAAAAUAUUGGUUUAUAAUUAAAUAAAAAUGUAUAAUUAUUGUUU